GGAAGCCGGGCUCGGACCCCCGAUCCCGCGGCGCCAUGGCAACGGCCUUCAGCAGCGACGGGGCGGCCGCGCUGCGGCGGGAACUGGGCCCGGCGGCGGCCGCGGCCCCACGGGGGAACCUCGACGGCUUCUACGAGAUGGGCCGGGCCGCCGCCUUCGUGCGGGGCGGCGGGUUCCGCAAGGUCGCUCUCCAGUUCCCCGACGAGCUCCUGGCGGACGCGGCGGCGGUGGCGGCCCGGUUGGAGGCGUCGACGGAGGCCGAGAUGUACAUCCUAGGAGACACCACGUACGGCAGCUGCUGUGUGGACGAAGUGGCCGCCGAGCACGCCGCUGCCGAGGCGGUGCUGCACUACGGCCCGGCCUGCCUCAGCCCCUGCAGAAAGCUCCCGGUGCUGCACAUCUUCGGGCAGCAGCCCCUGGACGUCGAGUGUUGCGCAGCGGCCUUCCGGGAGCUCUACCCCGAUCGGCAGAGCCGUGUGGUAGUGCUGAAUGAUGUAGUCUAUGCCCACGCGAUGGGUGAGCUGGAGCAGCAGUUGUGCCCUGAAUACCCCAAUGUCGUCUUCUCCAGGGUGGUGUGUGAGGACCCUCCCGGCCCCGUGCCACCCGGGGAGGAGCGGCAGUUUGGCCGCCAGUUCCCUGUGGGGGCACCAGGAAGGCUGCAGGACUGCGCCAUGUUCUACGUGGGAGCCGAGGGCCUGGCCCUCACCAGCUUCAUGCUGACCUGGAACUGCUGCCCGUUCAGCUCCUUUGAUCCUGUUACUGGCUGCGGCCGCCGCGAGACCUUCAAUGUCAACCGGGCCCUGAUGCGACGCCUCUACCUGGUGGAGCGGGCCCGGGAUGCCCAUGUGGUGGGCAUCCUGGUGGGCACCCUUGGUGUGGCAGGCUACCUGGCCGUGCUGCAGCACCUCCGAGAGCUUCUGCGCCGGGCCGGCAAGCGCAGCUACACACUGGCCGUAGGGAAGCCAAACCCUGCCAAGCUGGCCAACUUCCUCGAGGUGGACAUCUUCGUCCUGGUGGCCUGUGCUCAGAACUCCCUGUUGGACUCCAGUGACUUCUACCAGCCUGUUGUGACCCCCUAUGAGCUGGAGCUGGCCUGUAACCCAGCCCGUGAAUGGACAGGGAACUACCUCACUGACUUCCGAGACCUGCUGCCAGGUGCCUGUGCGCACGUUGAGCUCCCACCGGCUGUCCCUGCAGCAGAGGCUGUUCCCGACAUCUCGCUGAUCACGGGGGAGAUGCGUGCCACUCACCUCUGCGACCCCCCGGCCCCCCAGCUGUCCCCCAGCACCGCCCUGGCCUGCAAGGACCAGACGCAAGCCCUCGCGGAGAUCAGCCCCGCUGCCUCCUUCCUGGAGUCCCGCAGCUGGCGGGGUCUGGAGCAGCAGCUGGGGCAGACCCCCAUCUCCAAGGCUGUGCAGGGCCGACGAGGGAUUGCCAUUGCUUACGAGGAUGAGGGGCGCGAGAAACCUUGAUUCAGCAGGAGCAGGGGGUGUGCAGGGGCCGGGUGAUGCCUGCCAUGGGGUGUCAGAUGCAGAUGGGUCUCACAAGGGUCUGGACUGGCCCUGUGCUGGAUGUGACCAUGGGACGGGAGUGCUGUGGUGGGAGAUCAGGAGUUGCAUGUGUGUUCAGGGAUGCCUGUGGCAUCCCAGGGCUUGUGUCUGGGCAGUGGCAGGGCUGGGAGAGGCGCUUGGCCCAGACCCAACCUCUGAGGGCUCCCCAGUCCAGGGCAGCUUUGGCCCUACACGGAAAGGUCACAGCUUCACACGAGCUGAUAGCACCAGGACUUGAGGCUUUUGUGGGCUACUGCUGCUAACUAAAGCUGGACUGAAAAAGA